CCUUACUCUGUAGAAAAAAAUUGCCCAAUUUUUACUCCAUAAUAGUACUGAUAAUACAGACUACACAAUGGAAAGGCACAGAGGAGGAAGAGGAAGAGGAAGAGGGGAAGACCGGUAUGGCCGCAGCCCGGACAGUCACCAUCACUUUAAUAGCACUAGGUAUUCUAGGGGGCCCCCAUAUUCUUCCCGCCCAUCCUCCUAUAGUUCCGAUAACCACAACCGCCAGUAUUCGCACCACCACCGCCGUAGCCCUGACGAUGAUUCCACUAAUAAUUACCGCGGUGGAGGUGGUGGAGCUCGUGACUACCAUCGUGCUUUCGAUAGUCCUCCUAGGUACCACUCUCCCUCUCGCUCCGCAAGUAGUGGUUCAGCCGGCGGGGACCGCGGCCGCGGUGCCGGAGGUGGAGGGUUCGACUACAAUUAUCCGAUGCCUUCCCUUGCUGGGCAGAAACGUGGCUACUCUUAUUCUGAUAGCCGAGGGUCUCCUCCGGAUCGAUUUGAUGGAGGCAGUUUUGCCAAACUAUUUGUUGGAUCUGUUCCAAGGACAGCCACUGAAGAAGAUAUCCGUCCCUUGUUCGAGGUCCAUGGACGCCUUUUAGAGGUUGCUUUGAUUAGAGACAAGAGAACUGGACAACAACAAGGAUGUUGUUUUAUCAAAUAUUCUACUUCAGAAGAAGCUGAUAGAGCCAUAAGAGCAUUACACAACCAAUAUACUUUGCCUGGGGGAGUCGGCCCCAUACAAGUCCGAUAUGCUGAUGGAGAACGGGAGCGUCUUGGUGCAGUUGAGUUCAAGUUAUUUGUGGGAUCGCUGAACAAGCAAGCUACAGAGAGGGAAGUUGAGGAAAUUUUCACACCUUAUGGUCGUGUUGAAGAUGUCUAUCUCAUGCGUGAUGACAUGAGGCAGAGUCGUGGAUGUGGAUUUGUCAAGUAUUCACAUAGAGAUAUGGCAUUGGCAGCCAUAAAUGCGCUUAACGGAAUAUACACAAUGCGAGGGUGCGAUCAGCCAUUGACUGUUCGGUUUGCUGAUCCCAAGAAGCCUAGACUUGGAGAAUCAAGAGGAGGUGCUGCCGCGUACGGUGGUCCGGGUUUUACUCCUUGCUUCCCAACACCAGGCAUUAGACCUCCUACAAAUCUUGGUGAACCAUUAAAUGAACGAAUUCCGCCAAAUGCUUGGCAGCCUAUGAGUCCUCAAAACCUUGGGCCACCUCCUAAUGCUGGGAUGCAUGGUUUCGGAAAUCAUUUGCUUCCUAGACCUGGUGAUAUUGCUGCCACUUCAGCUCCUGGUAGCAUCCCUAGCAGUGUGAGUGGAAAUGCUGACCGUCUGCUUCCCGGAUUUGCCGUUUCUUCUACUUCUAUGUCACAGUCGAAUUAUAACCAGUCUUUGCCCCAAGCGCCCUCUGUUGGCCCACAAAUAUCACCACUGCGGAAGCCACUUCAGUCACCACAAUACUUGCCACCUUCUCUCCUGCUACAACCAUCAAAUGCUGCAAGUUUUGUCCAGUCACAGACUUAUCAUGCAUCAGUCCGUCCAUUUAGUCAAGCACAGAUGCCUCACCCAACUGGUCAUACUCCAUUGAAUCAGGCAUUGCCAUCAGACCAGUUAACUGGUUUUGGUGGGCCGCUUUCUGUUUCUCAGCCCCAGGUGCCACUGAAUGCAUCCUCUGCAAUAGGACAGGCAUCUCGGACUAGUAAUUCACAGCAAAAUGUUAUGUCUGCAUUGGCAAACCAACAGCAACUGCCUGCUCCAGCUCAAUCGCUUCAACCUCCGAAUCAAUCACCUUCUCAGUUAGCCCAGAUGCUACAACAACAGACCCAAAAUCUGCAGGCAAGCUUUCAAUCAUCACAGCAAGCGUUCUCUCAGCUUCAGCAACAGAUGCAAAUGAUGCAACCCUCAAAUCCGGGAUUGCAGUCAUCUAAACAGCAGGCUCUUUGGGCUGGAACUGCACCACAGAAAGUAGUCAAUAAUUCUGAUCAACUAGGAGGUGAUGUAGCUGCUGCUGAAUCUGCUAACCCAACUGUUCCUGCAACAUCCAGGGCCAUAGCUGCUGGAAAAUGUAAUUGGACGGAGCACAUUUCUCCUGAGGGAUACAAGUAUUAUUACAACAGCACAACUGGUGAAAGCAAAUGGGAAAAACCUGAAGAGUUGACAUUGUAUGAGCAGCAGCAGCAACAGAAGCUCCCUGUCCAACAGCCUCAGGUGCAACCACACCCUCAAAAUCUCUCUGUUCAAAAUUUUCCUCAGAGACAAUUUCAGGUGCAGAAUCAAAUUCAGACACAGCAACAAUCCCAGAUUCAUCCUCAGCAAGUGCAACAGUCUUCUCAAUCAUUUCCGUAUCACGUUCCUGGAGUUACAGAUCAUCAGAAUGUUCAGGAGCUUGGCUACAUGCAAGUACUGCCUGCAACUGUUUCAAAGUCGAUGGACGAUCCAGCACAUUUCCAGCAGCGCCAUCAGCCUGCUCAGGAUUGGAUGUGGAAGAGUAAGCCUGCAGGGCCAUAAACCUGAGGUGGUCCGUUGGCUAGAACUUCCCAAGUGUUGUACUAGAAGCAGUUGCCAACAAGGUUAAGGUAAGAGGAGGAAAGAAUAUGGGCAGACUAAGAGUUUUAUACUGGCACUCCAUUAAUACAUGACAUCUAAUGCUUUGUUGCAGUAGAUAUUGCUUACUAGCCUGUAUAAAUCAAAUUUUGCAGCUAAGAUUUUGAUUCUAUUUUACAACGAAAGCUUCAUUGUUCUAGUGAACAAAGUUUGCAGUUCAUGGUUCUUUC